AUGGGGCGGUGGUGGGCAGCCGUGCUGCGUCUCGUCUUUUCACUUAGGUUGUGGAGCGCGGCCUAUGCCCAGAUAUACAAGUUCGAGAAGGCCAACGCGCCUGAGAGCAAGUCGCUGAGCUUGCUAUACGCCUUCUUCAUCUUUGACCAUCCAAAUGCUACUGCAGCUCCCAAUGGACCAGCGCAGCGUACGCCUUACGUGCAGUUCAAGGGCCUGAAGCUCUCGUCCACGUCAGAGGAUUUCACCAAUGACAAGCUCAAAAGUUACCAGGGUCUGCAGAUCCAUCUGAUCAAGUACGAGGAUCUUUGGUCUCAAGUUGACACCAGCCAGAUGUGCGCAACGUCACAGGAUGUCGCGCAAGGUCUUAGCAAAGUGCAGGACCACCUGAUCAUUCGCAGAAACAAAGACCAGAGCUUCGAGGAUGUCAACGUCUACCGGCACCAACUUCGAUUCGGGGAGAAGGAGCCCGAUGAGAAGAUAAUCGUCAAGAAAGGCGGGGUGUACUACCUCGUUGUGUCGAAUUGUGGCAGCUAUGAUCAGGCAUCCAUUAGCGGCGAGGUCAUUGUCAAGAAUGACCAUGGGUUUCUGCCCGCCAACGAGUACAGCAAGAUGCCUUUCUAUGCGAUUAGCGGCGGUGUUUGCGCACUCCUGCUGUGCAUCUGGCUGCUGCUUUGCGUGCGGUGGUGGACGCAGCUGUUCAACAUCCACCUCUGCAUAGCUGCGGUCUGCGCUCUCGCUGUAGCAGAGAGUGGGCUCUGGUAUUUCUUCCUGCUGACCUGGAACAGCAGCGGGACGCACAGCAACGCUCUGUUUUCCACUGCGGUCAUCUUGUCUGUGACAAGGUCCACCUGCUCAUAUAUGCUCGUCCUCCUCGCUUGCUUGGGCUGGGGGGUUACAAAGCCCAUCCUGGAUGGUUCGACCUUAUGUCGCAUCCUCCUCCUCUCCUUCAUCUACAUCGUUCUGAAUGUGAUCAGGGAGAUCGUGUUAGCCUAUAGCCACUCGCAGGCCAUACCCAUGGCCUUCGUACUCCUUUGUCUAGUCCCUGUGUCGAUUCUAAACGGUGGCAUCUUCUACUGGAUCUUCGCAGGCCUUACAGGACUUAUGGAGACGUUGGAGUCCCAGGGGCAAACGGAGAAGCUGCAAAUAUUCAAGAAGUUGUGGUGGAUCUUGCUGAUAGCUAUUGCCUUUGCCGUGGGGGUGCUCAUGGCUCAGGUUUUCGUGUUCUCGCGGGACUUCCCAGCACGAUGGGAGGAGCAGUGGAUGUUCACCGACGGCGCGCCGCAGGUCGGGUACAUCACCGUGCUCACAGCGAUAAUGUGCUUAUGGGCACCAAACGAAGACAGUCAGCGAUUUGCGUACUCCGCGCAAAUCGACCCCAACGCAGAGGAUCAGAAGGACCUCUCCGCUGUGGUGCAGGCUGAGGCCAUUUCUGAUGAUGACGUGGAUGUGAUUGGUGCAAAAGGCUGA